GCAUCGUUGUGGGACGCUCUAGCUAGCCACUUCAUUUCUGCCGUACACACAUGUAUUUCCUGAAUGCUGCUAAGUUUGCUCUGUACAGUUUGUGACAUUAAACAAAGGACUUUGGUUCGGAAACCAACGCGUUGCAACUCCGAGGAUUUCCUAACAUUACGGCAAGGUGAAGCAACUGUUGUUUAUGCUGGACGCAUUAAACAUACAGCGUAUCGGGAGUCUUCUACCGACUGGAUAUCAGCAGCACAGCAGUAGCAAGCACCAUGACUUUCUUGACGACCACAACAGACGGUGAUGUCGGAGACACGGAACUGAACGCCGGCUGGGCCGUCAGCGAGAUCGAGAACAGCAUGGCGGUGCGCGCGAUCUACGGCAUCAUCGCCGUGCUGGGGAUUGCCGGCAACUUCCUGGUCUGCCUGGUGCUACUGCGGGUCCCCAGCCUGCGCUCCCAAACCAGCAAUUUCCUUGUCCACCUGGCGCUGGUGGACCUCGUCGUGUGCAUCUGGGCCGUCCCCUUCCAUCUGUUCCCCCACGCUCCCGACCCCAGCCCCGGGUUUUGGGGCGACCUCAAGUGCCGUCUCUACUCCUCCAAGUUCCCGCUGUGGACCACCGCCCAAGUGUCCAUCUGCAGCCUGGUCACCGUCAACUUGGAGCGCUACAUCGCCAUUGUCCAUCCCAUCAAGUACAAGAACAUCUACACACCAAGGAACACGGCCAUCAUGAUCGGUACCUGCUGGGCAGUCGGCAUUAUCACCAAUUCUUACACCUUCUACGUGUACGGAAACGACGAGUACGGUCGCUGCUCUUUCUUUGGCUGGCCCACCAAGGGAUUCCAGGUCGUGCUUGGCUUGUGGAAUUUCACUUCUUACUAUCUAGCACCUUUCGCCUUCAUGGUGUUAACUCAGUGGAAGGUCAUCAAGACGCUAAAGGUGCAAGCUAGGACUUUGAAGGAGAAAAGAGAGCGAAAAGUAUCGACGGUCCGGAAGUCCGACAACUGUAAGAUGUGGCAGGUGUACGCGGCCCAAGAGCUGGAGAAGACCCUACUGAUAGUCAGCGUCACCUACGCCAUAUGCUGGGCACCCAACCAGUUUAUCUUUGUCGUCUUCAACCUGAGCCCCGACCCGUCGAUCGUGGACUUCGGGUCCGUCUACUACCACAUUACUGUCAUCCUUGCCGUGGCUAACUCCUGCCUCAAUCCAAUCAUCUACACCAUGAAGAAUCGGCCCUUCCGGCGCGGCAUCCGCAAGGUGUUCAGCUGCCGGCGGCUGCGGCCGAAGACGGGCUCGGUGGACAUCACCCCUGCCACUGGCGGCUCGGACAACCUCAGGCUCGGCCACGGGCCGGGCAUCAUCGUGCUGGAGAGCACUAACGAUGCCUCGCAGGCAUGACCAUAGGGAAUCAUAAUAAUUAUAAGAAGGACAGGUCAAGGCACCCUGGCUACCCUUUCACACUAUAGAUGGUGCACAUUUCCAUCUGGCAUCCGCCAAAAAUGCGUAAGCCAAGCGGAAGGUCAUUAUCUCUGUCCUUGUUUGUACUCGACUCUUACCUUGGGUAGAGUGUUUAUAAAUGUAUUUCUAAUGGCCAAGGGAUAAUGUUAAGUGUGGGAUACCUGCAGUAGAUGAGGCUGCAGCUAUGGAUUAUGUACAAUUCCUUAACCCCUGGAUUUUUAUUGUGACUUGAUGAAAUGCACCGUAUAGUAGUAGAGUUGUCAAAUUAGUAAAUUACAAUUACAUCGUUGCAUAGAAAAUAUUUAUAUAGCAAACUACAUGUAAAUCAACUUUCACUGAAGUAUCAUUAGCGCAGUGUGCUCAUUUUCCCUCUCGGAGCCUCAGUGGAUGGGAUGGUGUCCACGUGCCCGUGGACAGGAUUCGAACCCAAGACCACCCAUCUCGUUGUAAUCUAUUUCUGAAUUGAUGACUUGACCACCGAAAGUGCUGGAGUCAGCCAACCCGUCGAUAAUGCUGCAUGUGGAUACCGGAAUCAAUGGAGUAAUGGGCAGAAUAAUUAACGAUGCUCAAAUUCUAUAGCGUAACAAUUUUAGUAUACAGGAGUUCUUGUGCCUAGUUAUUGUUGCCAGCUUGUGCGAUUCAGCAGACGUGAAAGUUGAUUUGGUCCUUCGAGCAACAGUCUGCACAACAUGGUUCUUUUGGCGCGGGACAUCCGUUGUUGCAUAAUUUGUGGUCUUGUUUCCUGCUGGCACAGCGCCAGGCAAUUUUUUGGAACAGUCUGCGAAGCGCACAGCUAUUUGUUUUGCAGACUAUUCACGGACUCUUGGAACUACGUCUCUAAGAAGGUUUUGUAAACAGUAGUCGGGGGGGGGGAUCCACUCAACCCCGUGGGACCUCUUACCCUCGCCUCCCCGUGGAAAAUUGAGAUUUUUUAAGGGGGGGGGGUAACGGUCGCCAUGCCAUUUAUACUCUCGAUACGUGCUACUUUAGUGUGGACAUAGGCCCAUUUAACAAGGUUCUUGAAAAAGCCAUCCAUUAUACAAACUCAGUGGCACAGGAUUUGGGGGAUGGCACAAACUCUCCCCACCCCGCUCCCUCUUAGAGCUUGGCCACGCUACUGCAACUAAACACAGCAAAUUGAAGUGGAUUAUAAAUAUGGGCCUAUCCGUGGAUUGUCAUAUUACACAGUGUUCUGUCAAUAUUUCGAAAGUUACUUCCUGGUUUCGAAAGCCAGCAUGUGUGAAUGUCACACGACUCCACAGAUGCAGGGGUUGGGCAUUCAUCUGCCCCUAGCCCGCUCUAGGGUUUUACCGGCUGUGUGUCCCAGCUAAUAGAUUGUGGAGAUCACACGAUGGGAAGGAGCUUUUAAAUCAGUUGAAAAUCAAAUCCGGCAGAGCCCAGUGCCCCUGACGUAAACUUUAUCUGAAGGUUAUCUGUGGUUCAAAACUACUCCCCCACCCUGACCUCGCCUAUACCGCUGCGCAUGCAGCUGGCAGAACAAAAGAAGGCUACACCUUGAUCCCUGAACAAUAAACAUGAACGGUUUCGUUAAACUUGUUUACGUUAGUGGUGAAAAAGGAUAGCAUACAGAAUACAGAGAUGGAGAUUAGAAACUUUAAAUACAAUCGAAAGUAUAACUGUUCACAGAGAGGGUAGCGCAGAGCUGAACUGAACUGAUGUACUACUGUAGUAUUUUUAUUGCAUAUUAUUUAAGUGCAAAAUAGAAUUUUCUAUUAUGUACACAAACAUUGUCAUGUCAUUACGUUUAUGAUGGCAAUUACUCCAAAAAUACACUGACAAAAAGAAGUGUCAAUGACUACCAGUGUAAACCAUGGACCAUUAAUGGUCCGUGUUCAAACUUGGCUGGCACCCAAAGUGUCCAGUAAACAUAAGGACGGCAAGGGUACCAGCUGUUGACAAGACGUAAUUCGAACGGAGCAGAGACAAUUUAACCUGACAAUGUUUUGGCGGAUAUUGUGUAACUUCUUACCACUGCGUACAAUAAGUGUAUGUGCAGAAAAUUAGACACUGCGCCAUAGUUGAUUCUAUCGGGCGAUAGCAAAAUGCCCACAGUAUCCGCUGGUUGUGGGAUUUGCUGCGUCAGGAUCCUGGCCAUAUAUUGAGUAUGGCAAUGUUUCUGAUCAACUGUGACAUUCAGUUCUGUAAACUGUUACAAAAACCACGCCCCUUAGUCAAAGAGGGGGGGGUCUGGAGUCCAUCUAGUGCAUUUUCUAAUACCCACACAGAGUUUUGGUGGGAAUGGUCGGGGGGGGCUGAAGUGAUUUUAGAAUACUGUGGAAACAUUACGAAAGGAAGGCGUUCUGUUUGUGGGAUGUGUCACAUUUCCGACCAGGGAUGCAAUGCGGGUUCAGAAUUGUCUUGUAUCUGGAUUAGAAACAUCUCUUCUCCGGGUUACAGGUGAAUCCGGCUGAUAUAAGUCCAGACAAGCGCAAAUUGGACCGCAAAAAAGGAUAACGGAACAAAUCCGGAUCCAGCUUUUUAGUCAGUCUGACCAGUGUAAGACUAGUGUAAGAAAAGGUACUGACUGACCGGCUAGUGGGAUUCAUUGUUGACAUUAUUUACUGGAUGCCUUGACAGAUGAGAUGCAUAAUACAUACAUACAAACAUAUUGAAAUUUAAGUGAAAAAUAAUAAAUGCCUUGCAUGGCUAACAUCUGCAGCUGCAUGUGGAAUCUUUGCCCCUCAACAGUGAAAAUCUCCUUAAUCUUAUUAUUUUACCUUUUUUUUAAUUCGACCACGUGUUUUUAAUAUUGGUACUUAAUUAUCUAUAAAGGGGCCUAGGCUACACAAGAGAUGAUUGUUUAUAUGUAAAACCGAAAGUGUUUGUGUAAAUCUCCGACACCCGACCCAAACCGAGGAGUCAGGAUGGUUUCAAGUUUCAAUGGAGGACCGAUUUUUUAAAACCAUCUUCGUUCUAUUAAACAAAGAAAUAGGCUUCACA